AUGGCUAGCGGAACUAAUAAAUCAGCUGCUCAAUUAAUGGCUGACGCCAAUAAAAAAGCUAAAUCAGCUAAUGGUUUUUUUCAACGUAUCAUUGGAACAGGUAGUGGAACAACUGACGAUGCUCGAGAACUUUAUAUUCAAGCUGGAAAUGCAGCAAAAGCUGAAGGUGAUUAUCCAAUGUCGGUUGAAGCUUAUAAACGAGCAUUAGAUUUAAGUACAGAAGAUUAUGAAAAAGCUCAAAUGUAUGAAUCAAUAUCAUCAUCAUAUAAAAUGUUUGAUUUACCUCAAGCUGUAUCACCAUUAACACGUGCAGCUGAAUUACAUAUGAGUCAAGGUAAAUGGACAAUGGCAUCACAAGUAUUAGAAAAAGUUGCUGAAUUAUAUGAACAAAUGAAUGAUCAUGAAAAUAUGAUAAAAUGUUUACGCGAAGCAUAUCGAUUUUUAAAACAAGAAGGACAAAAAGCAGCUGCAAAUAGAACACAAAAGAAAAUAGCUGAAACACUUGUACUUCAACAUCAAUUUAUUGAUGCACAACAAGAAUAUGAAGAAAUGGCUGAUAAAACAAAAGAUGAUGCUAUGCUUAAAUUUACAUCUAAAGAUUAUUGGUUAAGAGCAGCUAUGUGUGCGUUAUGUAUCGAUAUUGAAAAUGCAAAUACAGCACUCAGUCGAUAUUUAAAUGAUAAUCCAUUAUUUGAAGAACGUUCACUUGAAGUUAAAUUAGUUCGUCAAUUAAUGGUUGAUAUUGAAGAACAAAAUAAAGAAGCAUUUUUAAAACAUUUUGAUGAUACACCAUUAACAACAUUACGUGCUGAUCGAAUAUUUCGUUCUAUGAUUGAUGAUAUUGGAAAAAAGAUUAAUGGAGAUGUUGAUCUCAAAUAA